ACCUCCACCACCACCACCAAGGGCACCACUGCUAGCAAUAAGCUUAACAAGAUCCUGUCCAUCGAUAUGGAAAUUCGUAUACAGAAUAAGUGUAUUUCAGCCUAGCGUAUCACUCUGGAAGGCCCGGAUCCGCCCUGGAUGCAAGGCCCCCUCAAGGUGGCGUUUCUGGGGGCCUCCGGCGUUGGACGCACCAGCAUCCUACAGCAAUUUUUUAAGCACGACUUCCCGAAGGAACACAUCCGCACCGCGAAGCGGACCGUCUAUCGGAGCUGUCUGGUCUGUGAUACCUGCAUACGGGAGCUGAUGGUACUGGAUGUGCCGCCGCAGAAGUACUUCCCGAUCGAUAAUCUGGCCGAAUGGAACAAUGGCCAUCCGCUAGGGUUGCGUACCGUCCACACGUACGUGCUGGUGUACGACAUGGGGAAUCUGGACACCUUCCAGUACUGCCGCAAUAUGCGUGAUCAAAUUUUGGAAAGCUUCAAUCACCGUGAUUUUAAGAUAAUGGUUGUGGGCAACAAGGUUGAUAUGGUAUCUAACCCUCAUACUCAGGAACUGAAGGACAUUUCCACCCUUGUGCGGAAACACUGGCGGUGCGGGUACGUCGAAUGUUCGGCAAAGCACAAUUACAAAAUUGGGGAUAUUUUCAAGGAGCUGAUGGGGUACCCGGUCGGUGGGACGGCACCGAAGCUAGAGUUUUCGCAAUCGAUCGGUACGAAAAAUCGUUGCACAAUACUCUAGUAGUAGCUGAACUGGAGGCUUCCUCCAAAGGUGCUGCUGGUGCUGGUGGCGGUGCUGGUGCUGGUGGCCAAAUUCGCUCGGCUAAAUCCAUCCAAAUAGUUCCCGAAACUGGUGGGGGGGAGAGGGAAACAAUUACGCGUCCAACUGUCCAGAACUGUUCGUCCAGGGCGGUAUCGGACACUGUUUCCUGUUUACCAUCGCUGCUUCACUUUUCCGAAAAAGGUUUUGUAGAACUGUACUGUACCAACUUACCUGCCACACUCAAACUCUCUCUCCAUGCAAAGGUUGUUCCUCAACAUUCCAAUAUUGGUGCGAAAAAAAGGAUCGGAAUAACGGAAAGAUUUUAUUGAAUCUUCAUCGCAUAUGACGGCGUUUCAUUGUAGAAAGAUCCCACUAACACACCCAACCUUUCUGGCGAAUAAGGACGACAGAAUCUGUAAUUAAUAUAGCGUACUAAGUAAAGCAACCAUUAGACCAGCAGGUGUAGGACCUGGAUAACCGCAUACCGGUACGGCGUUACAGCACCACACCUAACCUCAAAAUGUAUGGACAGCAGCAGUAGGGCCAGUACACUAGCCAUCGUUUAGUCACGAAACCCAUCAUCAUCGUCACCCACCAACACAUUUUACUCUCCCGACCGUGUACAUGUACAAAGGACCCGCACGAUUUUACGUGAUUUAAGAAGAGAUAGACAAUAACACUUUCCAUGGGAUGCUUCAGUUAGUCGCCACCUCCACGAUAUUUGAUGGCGAGCGAGCACAGCACCACAAUACCCGGUAGUAGUUGCGUAGUACGUAGUACGUGUGUAUGGUGUAUGUAUGUGUGUGUGUGAGUUUGGAUAUGGAUGUACGUGGGAGUGUCCAGGCACACAUCUAGCAGACUUCCCUUGCUUCCAUUGAUUGGGCUUUGCAGCUUUUUCUGUCUGUGUGUGUGUGUGCAUUAUCGAACGGACGAGGCGUUUUCUUUUCUUCUUCUUCUCGGUUCGCCCCAGUCGCUUUAGAAGAGUUUGCCAAGUUGUUGUUAGGGAAAAGUUUGUGAAGCAUACAUUUAACUGUGUAGCACACGUUGCGUUACCGUACGAGUAGAAUCAGAGCGUUAGCUGAUUUGUUAGCAUUACUUGGAACGGUGGUUGGAGCUGGGCGAGUGCAGAGAAGUUGGCCGUUGAGCCGUGCAUUAGUUGUUGUCGAUUAGUUAGUUAGCUCGUUGAAAUGUUACAAAAGUUACCGUCGGACACAUCUGGUGGUCGGGAUGCAAGUCCGCACUGCAUGCAGCUUGCUGUAAAUAUAAUAAUGGUUUGCGUUCUUCAUUGUGAUCUGCUGUGAAGGAAUGCUAGCGAGAAGCAAAACCAAGGGUUGGAAGAUACUGCCAUGGCUAGUUAUUUGAACG